AUGUCCGAUAUACGUGAAUUUAUUUUGACUACAAUUGCUAAUUUCUAUAAGAGUCCUUUCAAGUUAAAUGAGAAUUGUGAAGAAUUAUUACUUGAAUUUAUACACAAUUCUCAAGUACUUCUACUUCAAACCUGCCUAAAUAAUGAACUACUUGUAUUCUACAAUAAAAUUGAACCAAACACAACCACAUCAAUAAUAUUCUAUAAAACUAUAGCAGAUACCUUGACAGGAGAUGAUGCUAUUCAAAACAUAAAUAUACUUACUUUAACAAGAAGUGCAGAGGAAUCAUUAUAUCAAAUUUUGCGACAAAUCUACUCUCCAUUGCUUGCGAGUGGAGAUGAUUUGUAUUCUAUUAAAUUGCAUAAGAACUUGUCUGAAUUAGAGACUAAUCUCAGAGUUCUUACUCAUGGUAAAGGAGGUUCUAAUAUAAAUGUCAUCCUAUCAAUUAAUGAUGAAGUGGAUUACUGGAAAACUGUUAGUCAUUCCCAAGAUACAAAUAAAAAGGAAAGAGAGGCAGCUUCUUCAUUCUGUGUAUUGUUUGAAGAUAUAUCUGAAGAAAUUAGAUCAUUGCAAAUUGGAAAUAUGCAAGAAAUUCGUGAUACAGCUGAGAAUGUAGCAGGAAUAUUAGAUGAUAUCUGGAGGUAUACUCUGAUGCCUUAUGCACAAGAUAGAAUGAUUCACAUUUUUGAUAUAAUUGGUCAUGUCCUUUGCAAUGUAAUACAAAAUGCUCUAUCCAAAGUCGAAUUAUGGAAACCAUUUGAUGGCUUGAAAGACAGUCAGAUUCUUGUGCUAUUAUCUGAGGGUUUAAAUGCUGUGCACAUGUGGAUAAGUGCAUGCAAAUCUCUCACUGAGACCUAUUGGCCUAACUAUGCUUUACAUGCUUGGAAGGGAAAACCAUAUAUUCCAACGUUCUGUGGGAAUUUCCAAAGGCGGCUUCAAGAGAUACAUGAUAUUAGAUCUACUUACAACCAACUGAGUAAAUUGCUGACUGCAACUGAAAAAGCGGAAUUAAAUACGGAUCAAUUAUUCAAGCCAUUUCAAAAUAUUAAUGUCUGGAUUUGUAAUGGACCGUCGACAUCCUGGGAGAACACUGUGAGCCAAUUUUCAGCAAAUUUAAGACCUGCAGAGGCAAAAAUUGCUGAGAAAUUAAAACCUAGGUUACACAACACUUCAACUAAACAGAUGCUGUACGAAUUUUCACGAUACAAAUCGCUGAUUAUUAGACCACUUAUUAAGAAUGCAUUAAACGACGAAUUAGAGAUAUUUGUGGCAUCACUCUUAUCAAUGUUAAAAAAUAUUCUAACCCAGAUAGAAUCAGACGACAUGGAUGUAGGGAUGUACCAACCGCCUGAAAUGUCGCAACUCGUUCAACAGGUGCAAUGGGCUAAACAGAUGGAAUCUAAGGUCAAAGAAAUACAAUCAUGUGUUGACAACUAUCUUAAAGAGUUUGAUAAAACCACUGAAGUGUCGCAGCUUGCUAUUAAAAUUUUAAACGAUCUCAAAACAAUGUAUACUCAGUUACAUGAGGAUUGGUGCAGAGAUUUACAGGCGCAAGUCAAAGCCGGUUCCCUCCAACUGUCUGUCGAUAAACCAGUAGUAGAAUUCUCAAGCGGAACUCAAAUGAUGGAAGUGAACUUCAACCCGCGUCUCGUUAGUAUCGAACUAGAAGCGCGCUCGUUGAGUGCACUAGGGCUGCCACCGCCGCCUUCUGUCAGCGUACUUGAUACCGUGUCGACAGCCCUGCGGUAUGCUAGGGCUUUGCAACAGGUGGCGUCAUUCCAUAACACGUUAGGCGAGAGAAUGAUCCCUUCCACUCGCCCUAUGAUGUUACAAGCCGCUUUGGACUUAUCAGCUUUGGUUCAAAAUCAGAAACCAGUGUUUUGGAAUGACGAAGAACAGUUGGCUAUCUAUACGAAGAAUUUGAAGAAAAUGGUACUAAAAUUGGAAUCUCAAAACACAUACCUUACCGGUCAACACGUAGCGAUACGGGGUAUUGUGGAAAAGUUAAUGGAUACGGAGCUUCUUGCCAAACAAACUGAAUGGAAGAAAAGUAUUAAGGACAUUAGGGAUAUUAUAGAAAAGGUGGAAAGCAAUGGAUAUAAAAACACAGACAUGUGGCGCUCGCACUGGGAGGUGCAAGUGUACAAAGCAAUGGAAUGCCAAUAUAUAAGAGCUUUACUCUCAUUGCAUACUAAUUUCCCUCAGAUGCGGGUUGAUUUAGUUUUGCGUGGUCAUAGUGUGCGCGUGUCGCCCCCGCUCGAGGAAGUUCGCUCGCAGUUGUACCACCAACUGCGCCGCUUGGUGUCGCUGCCCGCGCACUUUCCCGCACUACGAGAUGUGUUGGACAAACCCAGUGUCUUUGCCUCUAUCGUGGAAAGGCACAGCUGGAUCGGCAACAAAGCGGUGCGUCAGAUAGAGAAGGCACUAACCGCACUAAGUGACCUCUGCGACACUUGGAGCGUCCGCGCGGCGCUAGCGUGUGCGAGCGACCUGGAGCAGCUGUGCCGGGAGCACCUGCACGAGCCGCCCGAUUGGGAGAUGAACUUCAGGGCCUGCAAGGCGUACGGCCAAGCGGUCGCUAAAAUGACAUUUGAUGACGAAAAAAUAGAUUGGAUAUCAGUUGGCACCAUAUCGCUGCGCCGUGAAUUCGAAGCUCAGUCGCGCAACUUAUGGGCGUGUCUCAUGUCUUCCCUACAAGCCAGUUGUCGCGACGACACGUCAGAACUGGAUACUUUUAUAGCUAAUGUAACCGUUACGUUGGAGAAUAAAGCUUUGCCCAAAAACGCUAAAGAGUUAGCUGAAAUAAGUGCUAAGCAACAUGCACUGCAGGAGAAAAUGCCAGAGAUGGAGAAGUUGGUAGAAGGUUUAAAACGAAAAGGACAUUUAUUACGGACAUGGGGAGGGGAUCCGUCUGUAGAUACCACUGUAAAGGAGUGGAUGAAGAUACGGGAGCAGAUGGAUGUACACCAACAAAUAUUUGAACAUCAGGCAGAAAUCGUAAAAUCAAGUCUCACAGGCGAAUGGGAUAACAUAAACAGUGGGGUCGAAGCGUGGUUCUCUCGCUGGAGCCAAGCUCGUGCGAGACUCGAAGAUAUUCGUUCAGUGUCCUACAAUGAGAUACUGGAGAGAUGUUGUUCAGUACUUGACGCGGUGCAGAAUUUUGAUAAACUAAUCGGGGAAAAAGAUGAAUUGCUAUCCGAAUCUAAAAAAUUCAAUAUGAAAUUGGAAAUAAAUGAUAUAUGGAAAGAUGCAGAAUCGCUUAAAAAUGAUUUAAUUAAUCUCUGGGCUAUAUUCAAAGAAUAUAACGAAGAUUACGAAGCUAUUGGAAAUCAAGAGUGGAUUAUAUUCCAAAAGAAGUUACAUUUAUUGGAUGAAUUCGUAGUUCGUUGGAAAGACCGCCUCGAGCCCUACACUACCGUCACGUUAUUCAUUCAACAAGAACUUGAGAAGUAUUCGGAUCUAACAAUGGUACUCAAAUAUUUUCGCGGAUCUGACUUCACCGAGAGGCACUGGUGCGAAGUUUAUAACCUCAUAGAAAUGCAGUACAAGAAACCCGAUACGUUGGUGCUCAAAGACUUCCUUAGUGUCGCGCCUUAUAUUAAGAAACACAUGAAAGCUUUACAGAAAAUUUCAUCAUCGGCAUCGAGUGAAGCAGCUAUAAGAAGCGCACUGAACGAACUAGACUUGUGGUACGCAGGCGCAAGACUCUCUGUGACGUAUUACACACACAAGGAUAAUAAACUUACUCCUAUCGUUAAAGAUUUUAAGGACAUGAUUAGCAAGGUGGAGGAACAGCAAUGGGUGGUGUGCUCUGUGGGAGGCGAAGGCGGCGGGAGCUGGGAGUUGCGCCUGCGCAGCGCCGGGUCGUUGCUACGAGCUGCGCAUCAUGUACAACGCAGGUGGCUGUACCUAGAACCUAUACUUUUCAAUGAUGAAGGUGAAUUAGGAGCCAAAUUUCGCAAGGUAGACCAAGGGUUCAAGCAAGUUGCGCGGGUUAUAGAAGCAGAUCCCCGGCUUUCAGCAUUAUUACAGUCUACCAGACUACAAUCUAUGCUCGAUACAAUAUCUGAACAACUGAACGCAUGUCAGUCAGCACUUAACCAGUAUAUCGAUGAAAAGCGUACUAUAUUUCCAAGAUUAUACUUUUUAAGUGAUGAUGAUCUCCUGGAGUUGUUGGGUCAAGCACGAUCCGGUACAGCGGGUAGAGAAAGCGUUCUACAGACCCAUCUAAAAAAACUAUUUCCCGGUAUUACUGGCGUUCGCCUGGGUCCCGGGGGCUUAUCUAUUACCACCCUGUGUAGCCAUUUCGAUGAGACGUUUCAACUGAAUCACCCAGUGGACAUUGACUGUCCUGUUGAGGUUUGGCUUAAAAGUUUAGAAAACGAAAUACGUUCUUCCCUGAAAGAUCUGACGUUACAAUGUAUCAGUACAAACAGUAUAAGAGACAACGAUCCAUUUUCGCUGCCGACGCAAAUAAUGUGCUUAGCGCAAAACAUAAGAUUUACUGAGCAAGCAGAAAAGGCGAUCACAAACAAAGAAUUACGCAACUUAAAAGAUAAUAUUGAAAAACAAAACAUGAAUUAUGCUUCGGCUGAAGUCGAAGAUGAAGCUGAAAAUUAUAAAAAACAAGCUCUCAUAUUACAGUGCGCUUAUUACAAGACCGUAGUGGACUCUUUGUUGGAAAAUAGCGUUGUAUCAACUUCAGAUUGGUUGUGGCAAAAGCAGUUACGGUUUUAUUUAAUAAACUCUAAUGAGGUUGUCGCCAGAAUGGGCUUGGCAGAAAUAUCUUAUUCUUACGAAUAUCUCGGCACACAGACUGGUCAGUUUGUUCGCACUGAGCUAGCUGAAGAGUGUUUCCUGAUAUUAACUCAGUCCCACCAUUUUGGAUUCAUUGGCAAUCCAUUUGGUCCCGCGGGGACAGGUAAAACAGAAUCUGUGAAAGCUUUGGGUGGACUGUUUGGGCGACUUGUGCUGGUAUUCAACUGUGAUGAGGCAAUGGACGGCGAAUGUAUGGGCCGACUCCUAACGGGAUUAGCUUUAAGUGGUGCUUGGGGAUGCUUCGACGAAUUCAAUAGAUUAUCCUCAGAAACUCUCGCAACUGUGUCGCAUCAGUUCACGUCAUUACUCGCCGCCAUGCAAGCAGUUAAAACUAAUGCGGAGGCUACUGCGUUGUUAAAUGGAAAACAAGUGCGCGUGUCGCCGUGGUGCGGCGCGGCGGUGACGCUGAACCCGGCGGGGCGCGGGUACGGCGCGCGGCGGGCGCUCGGCGGCGCGCUGCAGCGGGCGCUGCGCCCCGUCGCGCUCUCCGCGCCCGCGCCCGAGCCGCUCGCCGCGCACCUGCUCGCCGCGCACGCUGCCCACGACCCGCUGCGCAUGGCGAGCGACCUCACCGCGGUCUUCAUGCUGGCUAGCAACUUGCUAAGCAGCCAGCGGCACUACGACUGGGGGCUGCGCGCGCUGAAGGCGGCGGUGGGCAGCUGCGGCGCGGCGCUGCGGGCGCUGCGGGCGCGCGGCCCCGCGCCGGCGCCGGCGCAGGCGCAGCGCGCCGCCCUGCGGACCGUGCUCAAGCUGAACAACAUGUCGAAGCUCACUAAACCGGACGCGGAGAGAUUUGAGAAUAUUCUUUCACUGGUUUUUGCUGAUGUCCCCGAGGAACAAUCUACAGUUGACCCUAUCUAUAUGAGUAUUGACUCCAGUUUCGAAUCGUUAAACCUCAUUCGCAGUCAAUUACAGACACAAAAAUGUAUGGACUUGUAUGAGCAAUUGCAACAAAGAAUGGGAGUGGUAAUUGUUGGUCCCCCAGGUUCCGGUAAAACAACCAUCAGGAAACUACUCAAAACCGCGCUAAUACAACAAGGUAAAACAAUAAUGGAGCAUGUGAUAUACCCAAAGGCAGUGAGUCGCGAGUGCUUACUGGGACGAGUGGAGCCUGACACUCGCCAGUGGAUAGACGGCGUUAUAUCCACUAUUGCUGUGCAAGUGUCGCAACAGAGCGCCGAUGUUUGGUCAUGGGUGGUAUGUGACGGUGACAUAGACCCGCAGUGGAUAGAAGCUCUCAACUCAGUGCUAGAUGACAAUCGUCUAUUAACGCUGCCUUCGGGUUGGCGCGUGCAGUUCGGACACAAUGUCAACUUUGUGUUCGAAACGCACUCUAUGGAACACGCUUCGCCGGCUACUAUAUCACGAAUGGGGAUCAUUUUGUUAAGUGAAGAAGAUAGCUGUGCGGAAGAAUUUCUUAAUAACUGGAUCCAAAAAGCUGACACGGAAAAUGAAACAAUACAAUCGACGAUACCAAUUUUACAAAAUGUGAUACGAAAAUGUUUGAAGUGGUCAAACACUUUUACGUCGCAUUUUGCAGUAAAAACGUACAGUGUAUCAAUAGUGAAUCAAAUACUGACUCAACUUGAAUAUAUAAUCGAAGAAACCGAUACUCAUAAACAUAUAUCAAGUGAAGAAAUUGUUUACUUGGCUCUACAAUACAGCGUGAUAGGUUUACUCAAAGAAAGUGCAAUACAUGCGUUUCAUGAUGAAAUGUCAGAUGUUCUCGGUCCACCGCCAAGCCUCGGAUCAAAUGUAUGCGAACGUGUAUCAGACACGCUAGUGAUGUCGCCGCGACUGCACGUGCCUGCGCACGCGCUGCGGGCGAUAGUGCGUGCACGCUCGCACGCUAUACUCAUUGGGCAUGGUGCGUGUGCUAAGAGUACUUUAGCCGAGCACAUCCUAAAAGAUUGUAAUUCGACAGUUGUUACCAUCGAUUGUACACCUAUUUUGGAACCUACUGAUAUCAUUACAGAACUGAAAAGGAACAACGUGAUCCGAAGCGGUGGCGGUGGAGUGGUACUGUUGGUGCGAGCUCUGCACCGCGUGUACACCGACGAGUGGGGAUCUUCGCCCGUGCACUCCUUCUUGUUACAGGUGAUGCAAGGUAACGGUUUCUGGGCUUCGGAAGAAAACGGUACUCAAUGGUAUAGCACAGCGCGGGUGAGUGUCAUCGCAACCGCUUCGCCUCGCCUCACCCUCGCUUCGCGUCUAGCUGCUGCCUUCAUGCAUUUAAUCUUACCUGAGCCAACCGACGAGGAACUCUUGGAGCUUUUAAAAUACUAUUUAAGCGAAACGAUAAAUAAAAAUAUAUCAGAUACGGACAUCAUUAACUUGGCGCAAAACAUUUUAUCGAUGCAGAGAGAGAUAAUCCAUACUUUUGAUACAAGACCACAUUAUUCAUGGAACUCUUCCCAUUUGAAGAAAAUGUGUGAAAAUAUAAAAUGGUAUAAUCCGUCCUCAAUUAAUGAAGUUACAACGGCUUUGUAUGCUCAAGCGCAUAUAAUAUUCAGAAAUCAAUUAGUGACUGAAACUGAGAAAGAUCAAUUCGACGCUAUCGCUAGAAAGUACCUCAAAGUGAACAAUAACAUGUAUUUUAACCCGAUACAGCGUGGGGAUGGUGUUUACUUAGAAACUGUGGAUUAUGCGAUGUGGUACCAAAAUACACAAAUGCUCAUAAAUCAGUGUUUGAUAGAUGAUGAACAAAUGUUUGGUGACGCUGGUAUAGAAGUUUGUAAGGAGUUGUCUAUAUUGUGUCCUGUUAUAGCUCUUGCGUUAAACGGCGGUAUAGUGACGGACGUGUGCGGCGCGGGCGCGGGCGCGGGCGGGGCGGGGCGCGCCGUGUGCGCCGCGCUCGCCGCGCACUGCGUGCCUCUCGAACUGCCCGCGCAUUUUGUGACACAGUUUAAAGCCGCCUUGACAUCUGCAAGCGAAGGUAAUCGCACCUUGGUAAUUGUAAGCGAAUGGUCAGCAAAUUCAAGUAAUUUGGCAAUCAUAGAAGCUUUCAUUCGCGCGCACUCAAUACACGCUCUACCCUCUAACGUUAUGCCCGCUAUAGGACAAAACGCUGAACAAACACUAAUGAACAUACGCCAAAAUCUCGGUAUUUUGAUAUGCCUCGAUAAAGAUCAGAAAAAUUUAUAUGAAUUAUUAGAGAAAUAUCCAUUUUUAUACAAUACUUCACAAUUGACGUGGCUCGAAGAAUGGUCAGAGGAGACGCUAAAGGACAUGCCUAAAUUGGUCAUACAGAGGUUAAUGAAAGAAGACGCAAUUGAUUCAAAAGAAGAUUUAAAUACAAUUCCUGUGGAGGGAUUUGUUGGUAUAUACAAAAGUCUGGAGUCAGAAUGGAUGAGAAGUCCUUACAGAUUCAUAAAUUUUAUCAAAUCUUUCUAUAACAUUGUGAUUAGAAAGAAAUCGUCUCUUAUACAGCGCCAAAGUAUGCUACAAUCUGGCGUGGAGGCCUUACGUCGUGCUCGCAGUGAGGUGAGCACUCUUCAAGCAGAAGCGGCUGAGCAAGAAGCAGAACUGUCGGACAAACGUGAGAAAGCAAACAAAGCGCUCGAGCAAAUCGGCGCUACCGUCAGAACAAAUACUGACAAACACGAAGAAAUGCAACAGCUGAAGAAGAAUAUUGAACUGGAGAAUGAAAAACUACAAAUUCGUAAAAAGGAAAUUGAAGAAGAAUUAGCGACUGUGGAACCAGUGAUUGCAGCCGCUCGAGCUGCUGUGGGUGAUAUCAAGCCAGAAUCUCUCAGUGAGGUGCGUUCGCUUCGAGCACCUCCAGAUGUCGUUCGCGACGUGUUAGAGGGAGUGCUGCGGCUCAUGGGCAUAGCCGACACCUCGUGGCAUUCCAUGAAAAGCUUCCUGUCUAAGCGCGGUGUUAAGGAAGAUAUAAGAUGUCUAGACGCGAGCCAAAUAAGCCCGGAAGCGGUGCAGUCGGUGGAGCGGCUGCUGGAGCGGCGCGGAGCGUCGUUCGAGCAGGCGACCGCGAGGCGCGCCAGCGCCGCGUGCGCGCCGCUCGCCGCCUGGGUGCGCGCCAACCUCGCGCACGCGGCCGCGCUCGCGCGCGUGCGCCCGCUGCAGGCGCACCAGCGGGAUUUGCACAAGAACCUGGAGCUAGCGGAGGCGCAGGUGGAGGCGCUGUCGAGCGGCAUGGCGUCGGUGGAGGAGCGCGUGGCGGCGCUGCAGGCUGGGCUGGGCCGCCACACGCGCGCCGCCGCCGCGCUCGAGCUGCGCCUGGCCGCCGCCGCCGCCACCAUACGCCACGCCGCGCCCCUGCUCGACCAACUCGCGCAAGAAUGCGCCACUUGGGAGACCGACUUGAAUAAUAUAUCCAAUGAAAUAACUGAACUAAACCAGCGGUCUCUGUUAGCCGCUGCGUAUAUAGUAUACUUGUCUGAUUUGACAGAACCACAAGCAAGGAAUUAUAUUAUAAAAUGGAGUGCACUAAUAGGAUACGAACAGGAAUCUUUCUCAGUUAUCAAUUUCCUGUCCAGUACCGAAAAACAGUUGAAGUGGGAGGCAGAUGGUUUGCCACUUGAUCAAACUGCACUUAAAAAUGCAGUUUUGGUGGAUCAGGUAUUACAAACACGUAAAUGCGGAUUGAUCCCGUUAAUAAUAGAUCCGGAUGGCGACGCUAUAUGUUGGCUCAGAAAUACUCUAGCGGGCACUUCUUGUGACUUUGUCUCGCAAACUAGCGAUAAACUGCAAACUGCUGUACAAUACGCAGUGAGCCGCAGUGUGGUAGUGUACGACGUGGAGUGCGUGCACGCGAGCUGGUGGGCGGUGCGCGCGGUGCGCUCGGCCCGCCUGCUGCUGGUGGCGCGGGACCCGCGCCUGCCCGGGAGCCUGCCCUCGCACGUGCUGGCCGUCCUCAACCCGCUCUACUUCACGGCACGGCUACACGCUUUGCUCGAUCAAUUGAUACAUUACACGAUGCAAAAACAAAACCCUGAAAUGAACGAAAAAACAAAGGAGAUAAAAUUGAAGAAAGCUACAUUACAAAAGCAACUCCACGAACUACAGGAAAACCUUCUAAAAGACCUGUCGAUGAACAGCGACAUUUUACACGACGCGAAUCUCAUUGCGUCUCUAAACAAAACUCGUGAAACAAGCGUCACUAUAUCGGAAUCGUUAAACUCGGCUCAAAUGAUAGAAGAAGAGUUUAGAGUUUCGUGUCAAGCGUACGAAGAAAGCGCUUUAAAAGCGGCGCAUUUAAUUUUAGCUGUUAAAGAACUGGCUAUUAAGAAACCGCUCGUUUCUAUACCCGUGGAGACUAUGUUAGAUGUUUAUGUGGAAGCUGUUAAAAGAGUGCCGGAUAUAAAGAAUAUUAACAGCACCGAUGUUGUAAAAUACAUGACUCGGAGAAUAAUAGAAAGAGUUUUAUUGAGUUUACAUAAGAAGGACAAAUAUAUCAUCGUUUUACAUUUGUUAAGACAAGUUUUCGUUGAUUUAAUCCCGGACAAGCUCUGGCAAUUGUUUAUUGGUGGUUCCGAACUCAUCGAGGAUGGAGUCGUCCAUGAAAUUAAAAAUAACUUUACAUGGAUACCUGAUGAAUGCUUAAAAAAAUUAGCAAUGAUAAAGAUGGAGGAUCCAGAGUUAUUUAACAAAUUAUUGCUUAAUAAUAAUGAAAUGUGGUCUGAAUUUUAUCAGUCUGGAGAUUUAAAUAUUUUAAAUAAAUUAAGAUUGAGUCCAUUUGAAAUUGUCGUCGCCAUCACAGCGUUACGUCCUGAUAGUCUCUACAGGACAAUUACUGCUUUUGUUGACCAAAUUUUGGGUGGCGGUAUUAUGAGUGGUGGCGAUACGAUUCGCAAAGCCCAAAGAUGGUCCGCCCCCAAACGUGCCGUGUUGCUGUUGGGUGCGCACGCUACUGACCACUUGCAGGCGCAUUGCGAAUCCCAGCGAUUUGUACAGGUUGGCAUAGAUGAAGGUCGGGAAAUAUUUGAGAGAGCAGUUGAAGAGAGUCGCAGCGGCGGCUGGUUCGCCAUCAACGUAGGCGCUUCGCCUUUCUCCAAACACCUACGUGAUUUUCUGGAUAAUUUAGCAAAUCGUUCAAUUGAAGAUUUUGAUGAAGAAUUUCGAGUCUGGGUCUUGGCUGAAGACCGCGAUAUACCUUCAGCAAUAUCCGGUUCUUGCGUCAACGUUAUUCUUGAGAGUCCGGAGGGUGUGAAGCGCAACGUGUGCAGCACGCUGAGCGCGUGGGGCGCGGUGCCGCUCAGCGCGCCCGCCGCGCGCCAGCUCGCCUGCCUCGCGCUCUUCCACGCGCUCGCGCUCGAGCGACGCGCCUACGUGCCGCUGGGUGAGCGGUGUAACUCCUACACGUCGAUUAAUUUCACUGGAUAUUUUCUUUUAAAUUCUGACUACUUCCGCUACUACGCGUGGGGGUGGGGCGAGGCGAGCGCGGCGCGCGCGGCGGCGCUGGCGCCGGGCGCGGCGCGGUGGUGGCGCGCGCUGGCGCAGGCGCUGUACGCGGCGGGCGCGGCGCGCGCGCGCGACCGCCGCGUGCUGGCCGCGCUGGCCGAGCGCUGCCUGGGCGAGCGCGCGCUGGCCGCCUCGUACGCGCCGCCGGGCCUGCGCGCCGCGCUGCCCUACACCGCCAGCUUGCAGGAUUAUAUAACGGCAUUUGAGAACUUGCCAGAUAUGGAUCCACCAGAACUUCUGGGUCUGCCAGAUAAUUGUCGCCUCGCGUGGGAGAGGAAUGCUGCUGAAGACAUCGUUACCGGUCUAAGAGAAUUAAAUUCUACUGUUGAUGUAUCUAAGAAUAACACGACUGCACCAAUAAAAUCACUACUUGCUUUGUGGAAAAAAUUAAUGUCCGGAAAUCCGCUCAUUAAACCAGACUUCAUCGUCGAAAAUCGGGGCGGGUGCAGCGGGUGGUGGGGCGCGGUGUGCGCGGGCGAGGCGCGCGACGCGGCGCGGGCGGCGCGCGCGCUGCACCGCGCGCUCGCCGCGCUGCACGCGCGCCGGGACCGCCCCCCGCUCUCUUGUGUACCAGAAGAAUGGCAAUUAUUAUGGCCUGGUCCAGAGAAACCAGACGAGUACAUCCGAGAGUUUUGUUUCCGAGCUCGAGCUGCCGUCGCACGCAUGACAGAAAAUAUGCCCGAAGAUUAUAUUCCUAAGAAUAUGGACUUCCGCGAGCUGCUGUGGCCGCGGCGCGCGCUGGUGGCGCUGCAGGCGGCGGCCGCCGCGCGCCUGCGCCGCGCGCCGCACCGUCUGCGCCUGCACACGCGCUGGGAUGCACACGGUUUGUUCGUGCUCUAG